AUAGCCUGCCAGGCUACGGCCGUCCUCAACUAUCGACAUCUGAUCAGAAAUUUGAGAAUCGAAACAACCUUCCGUGUUCACGAAUCGUUGCAGAUCACAGAAAGAAGAAGAAAUGUCAGAAUGGAAUUGAAACCAGGAAUGGCUUCUGUAAGAACUUGGAUCUUAGCAGGAAGAAGAAGAAGAAGGAGAAAUUCAGGAAUGGCUUCUGCAAGAACUUUGGAGCUUGGCAGGAAGAAGAAGAAGAAGAAGAAGAAGAAGAAGAAGAAGAAGAAGAAAUUCAGGAAUAUGGCUUCUGCAAGAACUGUGGGGCUCGGAAGGAAGAAGAAGACGAAGAUACUCAGAUUUAUUGAACGAGGUUUUCCAGAGCAGAGUUUUUCGGAACUAAAUGGAGUUUUCAGAACGGGUUAUUCAAAACAGAAUAGACUUUUCUUGAACUUGGUUUCAUUGGUGUUUGUAGAAACGUGGUCUCAAAAAAGGAUGACAGAAAAGUGUGUACUAUUUCGAUAUGGAAGUCAUUGGGAUGAGAACCAAAAUUUGUAUGUUGGAGGCGAGCUAACAGGAAUCGUUGUGCCUAUUACCUUGAAGUAUAAAGAAUUUAAAGCUCACAUUUACAGGGUUGCAAAUGUAAAUUGCUUAGAGUUUGAUGUUGUUAUGAGAGUUAAAUAUAAGCUUGACUUUGAAGCCCCUCCAUUGUACAUACAGAAUGACGAUGAUGUUUACAUCUUUCUUUGUCUGGAUGAUCUUUCUAGAGUUCAGCUAUAUGUAACAUUAAAAUCAUACCAUGACGAAAAUGUGAAAAUGAUUCAUGAUGGUAUAGGUGUAGAUAGACAAUACGAGGCAUCAUAUGAGUUUAAUCAAGAAGAAUGUGAUAUUCCAUUGUCUAUGAACACUCAACUAUCAACAUUAUCAAUAGACAAUGACAACAUUCAUGCAGUAGACUUAAAAAGAGAAACUCAAUGUUACGGACCUGUGUUUGGUAAUGAGAGAUCAGCAGGCUUGAAUUUUAUGGAUUGUGGUCCUUCAGAAGAGCAUGAUCCUUUCGUGGUUGAUAAUGAAAAAUCAGUAGGAUUGAAUUCUAUGGACUGUGCUCCUUCAGAGGUGCAUAGACCUGUAGUGGCUGUUACUGAGAGAUCAGUAGGAUUGAAUUCCAUGUCUUCUUGUCGUAGAGGGGAAUUGAUUAUGCUUGGCACCUCUUCAUCUGAGACAGAUGUUGAAGUAAGGAAGUCAACUAAGUCUUUGUUUACUGCUAAAUGUAUAGAAGAUAAUUGUAAGUGGAGCCUUCAUGCAGUGAAAAUUCCAGAGUGUGACAUAUUUAAGAUCACGAAACAAGCAACGACUGCGGUAGUUGGUGAACUAAUCAAAGACAAGUUUACAGACAUAAGACGUUUUUAUAAAACUUGUCACAUCGUUGAGGAUAUGAAGAAAGAGUACGGCGUAAACAUAAGUUACGGUAAGGCGUGGUGUGCAAGGGAAACCGUUUAUGCUCUCGCUAGGGGUACUCCAGAAGAGUCGUACGCUGUUUUACAUGCAUAUGGUGAAGCGUUAAAGAUAGAGAGCCCAAGUACAAGCAUUAGACCUUGUAUUAGAGGGUUUUCAAGUUGUCGGCCUAUGAUAAUUGUUGAUGGAUCACAUCUAAAAGGAAAAUAUAAAGGGAUUAUGUUGGUCGGCGUCUCCAUGGAUGGCAACAACCAACUUUACCCACUAGCAUAUGCCAUAGUGGACAACGAAACUGAUUGA